GGACACCCUUUGGGGAUAGUUUCCUCGGCCCCUCUCAGGGGCCCAGGCAUUCGGGGACCAGGCUGGUCAUGGCGCGGUCGGGGGAUCCUGUGCGGAGGCUCUUAGCCAUCUACACCGGAGGCACCAUCGGCAUGCGGAACCAGGACGGCAUUCUAGUUCCUGGAAGCAAUUUGUUCACUGCUCUGAAAAAGCUACCCAUGUUUAAUGAUGAGGAAUACUCUCGAGAACACCAGCUACCAGAAGAUACUCUGGCCCUUCCCCUCACCGACCAUAACCAGCGGAUUAUAUAUACCAUCCUGGAAUAUGACCCACUUUUUGACUCCAGUGACAUGACAAUUAACGAGUGGAUUAGAAUUGCAAAGGACAUUGAGAGGAAUUAUGAGCAGUAUUUUGGCUUUGUAAUCAUCCACGGCACAGACACCAUGGCCUUUGCUUCCUCCAUGCUCUCUUUUAUUUUAGGGAAUCUUCAGAAAACUGUCAUCCUCACGGGUGCUCAGGUCCCCAUUCAUACUCUUUGGAAUGAUGGCCGGGAGAACCUGCUCGGUAGCCUGCUCAUGGCUGGACAGUAUGUGAUUCCAGAGGUCUGCCUCUUCUUUCAAAACCAGCUCUACCGGGGGAACCGGGUAACAAAGGUGGAUUCUCAACGGUUUGCAGCCUUCUGCUCACCCAACCUGCCUCCACUUGCCAAUGUUGGUGCUGAUAUCACAGUCAACCAUGACAUCAUAUUGAAGGCCAGUAUGAACAAACAACUCGUGGUACACAGCAACAUGGAGAGAAAUGUUGGCGUCCUUCGGCUCUAUCCUGGAAUUACUUCCGCCAUGGUGAAGGCCUUCCUACAGGCCCCCAUGAAGGGGGUGGUGAUGGAGACUUUUGGCACAGGCAACGGACCCACCAAUCCUGAUCUGCUUUGGGAGUUGAAGAAAGCCACAGAGAGGGGAAUAGUCAUUGUCAAUUGUACCCACUGCUUACAGGGUUCUGUGACUUCAAACUACGCAGCUGGCAUGGCUCUAUCAGGUAUUGGUAUCGUCCCUGGGUCCGAUAUGACAUCUGAGGCAGCACUGGCCAAACUCUCCUAUGUGCUGGGCAGGGAUGAUCUCGACCUGCAGUACAAGAGCAAGCUACUGACCAAGAACUUGAGGGGAGAGAUGACUCCCCUCUCUGAAGAUUUCCAGAUAUCACUUCGGGAUAGCAAAUUUGUCCAGCUUAUUGCCAACCUCCUCUACCUGAACUGCAGCCACGACCUUGAUGCUGUAAGGGACUCUCUGACUCCUACCUUGGCCUGUGCUGCAGCCCGAAUGGGGGACAUGGAGACCCUGGAAGCCAUCUUCGAACUGGGUGGAGAUCUGAGUGAGAGUGACUUUGAUGGCCGUACUCCCCUGCACAUGGCUGCCCGAGGUGGGCAUGUGGGUACUGUCCAGUACCUUCUGAGGAAUGGGGCAAAGGUGAACAGCUGCGAUGGUGACAGGAACAGCCCGCUGUUGAUAGCAGUGAAGGGCAGGCACAGAGAUGUCAUCCAGCUCCUCAAGGAUGCAGGUGCUCAUCUAUCUCCUCAAGAGCUUCAGGGUGCAGGGACUGAGCUCUGCAGAUGAGGAAACUAAGGCCCCUAAAGUGAAAUGGCGGAUAACAAAGACAGUAUUGGAACUCUGGUCCUCUGACUUCAUAUCCAAGAGUCUUUCUCAUGGACCAGAAAAGAUGAUAUAACUAAGAUUAGAUCUUGCCUCCCAUCCAAGCUCACCCUCACCAUUUCUUUUUAAACUUGUAGGAUCGCAGAAGUUCAAAAAGAGCAGGGAUUGUUGGGAUAUCACACAACAAAGUUAGAAUCAAAAAGCAAAAAGAAUUCUUCUUAUCAGAUAGCUCACUUGAUCAUUGAUUCUCAGACCUAUUGGGACCUUAGAUUCCAUCUGCUUAAUCCUCUUCAUUUACAGUUGAGAGAAUUAAAAACCAGAAAUGGGAAUGACAAUGCCCAAAGUACACAGGUAGGAAGUAGCAAGCUGUGUGAAUUAUCUCGGGUACCCAGAUUCAAAAUCCAAUCCUUUUCCCAGUGGAUAAAAAGAGUCCAACUCUUAGGAAAAUAAACUUCCCCUCCUUUUGUUGCCCCCUGCUUUCAGAGUAGAGAAGGCAGCAACUUCAGAGAGAAAAUGGGGGGUGGGAGGAUGCUUUCCUGCAAUAGACAUGCCCAGCACCUCCCCCCUCUGAUUUUCAUGCAACCUCACCCACCUGUUGUCUCACCUCCUGCCCAAGGCACUCCCAGAAUGACAUUCUUCACUGAGGAGAAGAUGGUCCUGGACUGGGGCUUAGAUAGUCCCUGUAAAACCUGUCUAACUGGAGAGAGAAUUAGGGUGAGGGAAAGAUGAGACAGAAAAGGGCAAGAUAAAGGAGAGAAUGAUGAGGCAUGUGUGAGCAGGAUGAAACAGAAGAGAAAAAGGAGAGGAAGAGCAAGGGGGCUGAAGGAGAAAGAUGAGAGAAAAGAGGGGCAAAAUAAUGUGAGAUGAGAGAGAGAGGAGAGGGAAUAGGAAUGAAAAAGAUAAUAGAGGGAGAAAGAUGACUGAAGAGAACAAUGAAUUGGAGAGAGAAAGAGAAAGAUAACAGAAGAAAGAAAAAGAAGAGGGAGAGAAUUUAGAAAACAUCUCAAAGGGUCUUGGACAUAGAGGAAACCCUGAGAGGUGAUGAAUGGUAUGUUUAGGAAAUAACUGGAUACCAGCAGAAUUCCUGUGGCGUCCAAAGAAGCAGUCAGUUCUGGGAAAAAAGCACCAAUGAAGCUGAUCUUGGAUGGUCCUCUUUUUCACUGUGCUGUUCCCAUAGAGCAGGCUUUUAACAUUCAUCCUUUCUGUGUCCCCUCUCGAUAAGAUGAUCUUUCAGAAUUCAAAGGGGUCUUAUAAAUUAAUUAUGCUUUAAGUUAAUAAUGCUAAGUAUGUUUUUAGGGUGAUGAUAAACCUUUAGAUGUAAGACAGCCCCUUUCUUCUGCCUUUUCCUGGCAUCUGCAUUAAUGCGAACAAACCUUCCAAAUUCUUUUGGACAUAUUUCUCCCAAAACCUGUCCCUCACAUCCUACUCUCCUGCUACUGCCCCAUCGAGGACCUUCUACUCCCAGGGUCAGGGAGGUAAUUGGUGGGUAGUGCUGGAUUCCAUUCCAUUCCCUCAAGAAACUAAGGGUCUGGGAGUGAUGAGCAGCUCAAUCAGUUGGCCUAUCAGUGAAGGGUGACUGGCUUCCUCCUUGCUCCCUCCUUCAUCUUAAUUUGGCCUCAAGAGUCAUAGUAUCUCUGGGGUGGAAGAAAUCUCAUAGAUUUAGGUCUGGAAGAAACCUCAGAGAAUAUCCAGUUCAUUCUUUAAAAGAAACAGGAAAUCUUUCUCCCACAUCUCCUCCAAAAAGUGAUCUAUUCCAUGUUUGAAGACAUCCAGCGCCAGAAAUUCAUCCUCUAUCAAGUUAGACAUUUUGAAACACUUCUGAUUAGUUUUGCAUAGAGAGUCAAAAUCUGCCUUGGCAAUUUCUACCCAUUACUCUUCCUUUUACCCUAUGUCAAGCGUUCAGGAAGCUCUAGUUCCUCUAGUGGGAAGACUUGCUAAGCUCUUUUCAGGGCUGCUUAUUCAUCUUUGGUAGCCACCUGUCAUCCAGCUCUCACCUGUGAGCCUCACCUGUGGCUCCAAGAAGCUCUCCUUUGUGCAGAGGUCACACCCUGGUAAAAACCUGUCUCACCAGACAGGGGAAAACAUAUUGAAGGUAACUGACCUCAAAUCUGUCAGUGGAUUAGGGAGGGGAUUGUCUACUCCAAAGAUGUGAAGAUUCUUUCUGGUGGAAUGUGUGGAUUCAUUCCAGUGGCCUUGAAGGCAAGUGAAGCUGGUACAGUGGUGCCCUUUGGUCCAACAUCAAAGACUCCAUUGUCAUCCUUUGCUUCCUGAUCUGCUAACAGUCAUCCUGAUUUCUGUCUUGCCAUCAGACUCUGAUGACUGUGGAAGAGAAAAUGAGGCUGAUGACUUUGCCUUAAAUCCAACUCAUGUGCUAAUUAUCACCCAUGAUGUCACUGACAUUUUUGAAAAUGAAGGACAAAAAGCUAUCUUCAAGAAGGAUAAAUCUCAACUCUACAAAUACUUGAAGAUAGCAAUCAUCUUCUCUCCUGAGUCUUCUGUUUUUCAAACUAAAACAUCUCUGUCCCUUCUAUCACUCCCCCAAUGCGAGGUCUCUAGGUCUUUUCUCAUUCUGUUUGUUCUUGUUCUUGCUUGUUAGUGUGGCUCUUAAAAAUAUGGUACCCAGAACUGAAUUUAGUAUGUCAGCUGUGGUUGAUCAAGGAAGAAGGGAACAAGACUCUCAUUUCUUAUGUUAUAGAGAUGAUAAUUGAGUUGGGGAUGAAACUUGCUCAGUCACACAGCAAAUGAGUACCCUUAUCAAGACCUGAGUCUCCUUAUACUAUCUCAAGGCUUUUCUGCCAUACCAGCAUUUAAAGAACACUUUAAGUUUUGCAAAGCACAUUUCAAAUAUUUUCUUAUUUUGUUCUUAUAGCUUAUAGGAGUCCUGGCAGGUAGGUGCUAUUAUUUAUUCCCAUUUUAUAAAUGAAAAAACUGA